AUGUCACAGAAUCGGUCUGGGGUGUUUUCCAACUUGCGCAUGGGUGAAGUCGUCCGAGAGAAAGUCCAAGAUGGACUAACAGGGGAAACGAAAGAGAUACAAUACUCGCAAUGUAAAAUCGUCGGCAAUGGGUCGUUUGGCGUCGUCUUUCAGACCAAAAUGAUGCCCAGCGGCGAAGAUGCUGCCAUCAAGCGGGUUCUUCAAGAUAAGCGGUUCAAGAAUCGUGAAUUGCAGAUCAUGAGGAUUGUCCGCCAUCCCAACAUCGUAGAGCUCAAGGCUUUCUACUACUCAAACGGCGAGAGAAAGGACGAAGUAUACCUCAACCUCGUCUUGGAAUAUGUGCCGGAAACGGUCUAUCGGGCAUCUCGGUAUUUCAACAAACUAAAGACGACCAUGCCCAUGUUGGAGGUGAAGCUCUAUAUCUACCAGUUGUUCCGCUCCCUGGCAUACAUCCAUUCACAAGGCAUCUGUCACCGUGAUAUCAAGCCGCAAAAUUUGCUUCUCGACCCCGCCACUGGUAUCCUGAAACUGUGCGACUUUGGAUCCGCCAAAAUCCUGGUUGAGAACGAACCAAACGUGUCCUACAUAUGCUCUCGCUACUACCGAGCCCCAGAGUUGAUUUUCGGUGCCACGAAUUAUACAACCAAGAUUGACGUAUGGUCUACCGGCUGUGUGAUGGCAGAAUUGAUGCUCGGGCAACCGCUUUUCCCCGGAGAGUCAGGUAUCGAUCAACUGGUCGAAAUCAUCAAGGUUCUUGGUACGCCGACACGGGAGCAAAUCCGCACAAUGAACCCCAACUAUAUGGAACAUAAAUUCCCUCAGAUCAAGCCACACCCCUUUAACAAGGUUUUCCGACGAGCCCCGCACGAGGCUAUUGAUUUGAUCUCCGCGUUGCUGGAAUACACACCCACUCAGCGUCUCUCUGCUAUCGAAGCCAUGUGCCAUCCGUUCUUCGACGAACUCAGGGACCCCAACACCCGGUUACCGGAUUCGCGGCACCCCAACGGAGCGGUCAGGGAUCUUCCCAAUCUCUUCGACUUUUCCAGGCAUGAACUUUCAAUUGCACCUGCGAUGAACAACCGGCUGGUGCCCCCCCAUACACGGCCCGCGCUUGAAGCCCGCGGAUUAUAUAUUGACGAUUUUAAGCCUCUCACAAAAGAGGAGAUGAUGGCCCACCUUGACUGA